GUUGCUUUGCGGCCGUAUGCCGUGGGUGCUCUGAUUGGCUCCGCUGUGAGCGCGCGGUGCUCUGAUUGGCUUCGCCAGGGCAGCGCCGCGCUCUGAUUGGCCCCGCGAGGGGCCGGGGGCGGUUUGAGCGGCAGCGACCGGCGCGGCGGUGGCUCCGGCACGAUGCUGCCCCUGUCCCUGUUGAAGACGGCGCAGAACCACCCCAUGCUGGUGGAGCUGAAGAACGGGGAGACGUACAACGGGCACCUGGUGAGCUGCGACAACUGGAUGAACAUCAACCUGCGGGAGGUCAUCUGCACGUCCCGGGAUGGAGACAAGUUCUGGAGGAUGCCAGAGUGCUACAUUCGUGGCAGCACCAUUAAAUACCUGCGGAUCCCCGAUGAGAUCAUUGACAUGGUGAAAGAGGAGGUGGUGUCCAAGGGCAGAGGCCGUGGUGGGAUGCAACAGCAGAAGCAACAGAAGGGCCGUGGUGUUGGAGGUGCUGGACGAGGUGUCUUUGGUGGCCGUGGCCGAGGGAUCCCAGGCACCGGAAGAGGCCAGCAGGAGAAAAAGCCAGGCAGACAAGCAGCAAAGCAGUGAGCUGGGCCGGGGCUGCGAUGCCCAUGGGGUUUCCACCUCAGGAUUGCCAUGUGUUCAAAAGUGUCCCCUUCCUCCUCUUCUGCCCAUCAAGCCGGGCCCAAAUCAUGUCCUUUGGAAGCCCCUCUCACAAUUUCAUGUGGUAAAAAGUGGAGUUAUUUGCUCCUUGUA